GUUUACAGUUGGAGGAUAGGUACUACAUACAAACGAGCACGCCGCACGAGACCGGUGCAGGCCAAUGAUCGCGUAGUUAGGUUUGUAGUUGUGCCUUCACGAUUCAUUAUAUUUCGUAAUUCUCGAUAUUCAACGGGAGGAGAUAUAAUCGAUCGAAAUGUCUAAUAGCGACUCGACAAGAGACAUGAUUAUUACGCUGGACGACGAGGAAUGCGAGAAUGAAUGUCAAGCUACGGAGGACGACGAGAUAGCUGCCAUUGAUUACGAGCUACAACAAGUUGAGAACGAGCUGCAGAAGUUGCAAGAUCGUAAAAAGUUGUUGACGCAACGCAAAGACAAGUUGCGGGACGAUGCUCUUUUAAAGAAAAGUUUUUCUCUGUCCAAGAGAAAUUGGGGCAAUGAAGACUUCGCUUGGUCCGCAAGGCUCGCGAAAGCGUUAAAGGACGUAUUCGAGAUAGAGAAACUACGAGAGUUGCAGUUACCGACUAUGAACGCGAUCAUGUCCAAGGAAGAUGUUAUAUUGAUCAUGCCUACGGGCGGUGGUAAGAGUUUAUGUUACCAAUUGCCGGCUGUGAUCAGUGAAGGUGUAACGGUAGUUGUUUCACCAUUGAUAUCUUUGAUGGAGGAUCAGCUGCACGGAUUGCGUAAACUCGAUAUAAAGGCCAACAUGCUGUGCGCAAAGGCUGAUAAGGAGAGCGUCAAGACGAUUAUGACGGCCCUGGUGGAUAAAAGCUCCCCUCUCAAAUUGAUUUACGUGACGCCGGAAUACAUGGCCAAGUCCAAUCGCUUCAUGAGCAAGCUGCAAAAAGCAUACGAGUUGGGGCAUCUAGAACGGUUUGCGAUCGACGAGGUACAUUGUUGCAGUCAGUGGGGUCACGAUUUCAGGCCCGACUACAAGUUUUUGGGAGUACUAAAAUCCAUGUUCCCAGGAAUACCGAUUUUAGGUCUCACCGCGACGGCUCCGGCUAAGAUCAUUGUAGACGUGCAGAAAAUGCUGGACAUCAGUGGUUGUCUAGUUUUACGAGCCUCGUUCAAUAGGCCCAAUCUAUAUUACGAGGUUCGUCGCAAACCGGCGGACAAAGAGGCGUGCCUCGCGAUGAUAGAGAAUCUGUUGAAGAAUCGAUUUAGCGGCAAGUCAGGUAUAAUUUACACGACUACGAUUAAAGAUGCAGAACAAUUGACGACCGAUUUGAGAGACAGAGGUAUCAAAGUCGGAUGCUACCACGCGAUGCUCGAAGCCAACUACCGGUCAGAAGUUUAUUCGAAAUGGAUGUCGGGCAAGUAUCAAGCGGUAGUCGCCACUAUCGCUUUCGGAUUGGGCAUCGACAAGCCGGACGUGCGAUUCGUGAUUCAUCAUUGCGUUUCAAAGUCGAUGGAGAAUUUUUAUCAAGAAAGUGGUCGAGCGGGAAGAGAUGGCAAGAAGUCGGUGUGUCUCGUGCUCUAUAGAUUAGCGGACGUAUUUAAAUUGAGUACCAUGGUAUUUCAAGAUAAAGUCGGACUGCAGAACUUGUACAAGGUAGUGGCGUAUUGCUUGGAUCAAACGUCCUGUAGACGGAGUUUAAUAGCGACGCACUUUGAAGAAAAUUGGAAAGGAGACGACUGCGCCGAGAUGUGUGAUCAUUGUAGAAAACCUAACGUUAGAAAGCAGAUGGACAUAGUGCGAUAUUGCAGACACGUGUAUCAAAUUAUGACUAAAGCCGUGCAAAACCAAGUACGAUUAACCGCAUUGAAGCUCAUAGACGCUUGGUACGGUAAAGGCGCCUCGUCGUUACGAGUAUCUAACGUGCCCGUGCCAAACUUUGCGAGAGAAACCGCGGAAGCUAUCGUAGGGCAUUUGCUGAUAAACGGUUAUCUGCAAGAGGACUUUCAUUUUUCAGCAUAUUCUACGAUAUCGUAUCUUAAACGCGGACCUAAGUCAGGACUGGUUCUUAGCAACGACCACAAGAUACUCUUUAACUAUGAACUUUGCUAAUUUUGCCAAUCGUUGUAAGCGUUGCAGCAUACAGCAUGGAAACGAUGGAUCACGGGUGGUUGUUUUUCCAUGAUACGUUUGGUAUAUAUUUUCUCUCUCUUUCGCCCCCCCCCCCUCCAUCCCCUUCCCUCUCUCUCUUUCUCUCUUUCGAACAAGUGUUGACACAAAACUAUAUCGUGCAUUUACAUUACUUGAAAAAUUACAUUAUAAAUACAUCAUACCAAUAAAAUUUACGUGAUUAAAAAAUUUUCUGAAUUAAUGAAAUAAAAUGAUUGAGAUUCGUUGUAAUUCUACAAUUGAUGUGACUUGAUAGAUUAACUUCGAAUAAAAAAAAGAGAGAGAGAGAGAAAGAAGUUAUAUGUACAUGGGAGAAAAGUUAUCUCGAUCAAAGAUGAAUAAACGCGAAACACGUGUGAUGUGCACAGUUUCGUGCGUUACGGUAUUAAUUAUGAAAACGGUGAAGAAUCGAUAAAAAUGGCCUAUGAGGCUUAUGAGAGAGAAAUGUAGCGAAAUGUCAGCGGGUCGAGUAGUAGGAGGGGCGGUAGGUUCCACGAUCAAACACAAGUAUUGAUCUAGGAUAAGGAGGAUACCCCCCCGCGUUUCUCGUAUACAUCCGUUGCUGAGCUAAGCUCUUUGUUCCCGUCGUCGUAUAAUCAGAUGUGUAUGCAUGUUGGAAGAUCAAGCCGAAAUGGAAAACUUGUAGAGUAGCAAGUAAAUCUGCGUCUGUAGAUUUUAGCGGAUUUCAUCGACAUCGACGUACUUGCGCGGUAGCGACCAAGCCAAGCGGCGUCGACGGCGACGGCGACGGCGCUCGCGCACUAAGCAGUGACGCUUGAACAUCAGCGAUUUAGAAGCAGAGACGUUGAUUGCUGGUGCGGAUGAUCUCAAUUUUACUUAUGCAGCACGAGAAAAUGUUUCAGCGGUACUAAUUCGAUCGAGAUAUCGGGAGUUUUCGAGAAUACCCAUCCCCUUCGGUGAAGAAUGGCAAAGUCUUACGAUUCGGGGCCGAAGUACACGGCUACGUUAUCGUAGAAUAGAAUUCAGAACUUGGCAACGGGAUGCGCACGUUACCACGAUGCGAAUACGCAUUGUCGACGUUCCCCCGUAUGUAAUGAGGCUAAUCGAGGCGAUAACGCCGUCGCGUGCGUAAGUAUAAGCACGCGUGUAUCGUACGCUACGCGGAAGGCGGAAGGAGCAGAAAGGAGACUACAAGUCGGUUCAUCGUGGACUCUCUGAGGCGAGUCCAUCCGAGAGAUCCGGUGCUUUUUAUUCGAUUAUGCUCACCCUCCGUCCUACGUUCAUCGCCGCGUGGCUCCGUUCGAUUGCAACGUCGAUAUGGCCCGCGAUUUCAGAAUCUCGUGAACGAGGAUAGCCCGGACCGGACUCCAGACUGUCUGGAACUCUAGCAGAGGCAAAAGAGUCGAAUCUCGCGA